AUGGCAGCGGGGACGAUCUCCCGCAUCCGGCUGGAGAACUUCAUGUGCCACUCCAGCCUCCACAUCGAGCUCGGCCAGCACGUCAAUUUCAUCAUCGGCCAGAACGGAAGCGGGAAGAGCGCCAUCCUCACGGCCCUCUGCGUCGCCUUCGGCUGCCGCGCUAAGAACACCCAGCGCGCCGCCUCCCUCAAGGACUUCAUCAAGACCGGCUGCAGCUAUGCAGCAAUUACUGUGGAUAUUAAUAACCAUGGGGAAGAUGCGUUUAAGCCUGAAGUAUACGGGGACACUAUUAUAUUGGAACGCAGGAUUACUGAACCAGCUGGUUCUACAAUUUUGAAAGAUCAACAUGGGAGGAAGGUGGCGCAUCGCAAGGAUGACCUAAAUGAAAUAAUUGAACAUUUUAACAUUGAAGUUGACAACCCUUGUGUAAUUAUGAGUCAAGACAAAAGCAGAGAGUUUUUACAUUCAGGAAAUGACAAGGAUAAGUUCAAGUUCUUUUUCAAGGCUACGCUUCUUCAACAAGUGAAUGACUUGCUUGCUACAAUAAGAGACAACCUGAACAUUGCGGACUCUAUAGUUGAAGAUCUGGAAGCGUCAAUUAGGCCAGCGCUCAGAGAACUUGAUGAAAUUCAGGAGAAGAUAAAGAAUAUGGAACAUAUUGAGGAAAUAGCACACGAGAUUGAAAACUUGAAGAAAAAGUUGGCUUGGUCAUGGGUUUAUGAUGUUGAUAAAAAGAUUGGGGAACAAGAAGAGACGCUUGAGAAACUCAAAGAGCGUAUCCCUGCAUGCCAAGAACGAAUUGAUCGAAAUACAGCAAUUAUAGAGGAACUGAGGAAAGAAUUUAUUGUGAAGACAGAAAAUUUUAAAUCCUUUUCGGAGAAGACACAGGAAGAAAGGAGGAUGAAGGAAAAAAUGGAUCAUGACAUUCGUGAGGCUGUGAAACUGAAGAUGGAUCUAGAGAAAGAGCAUGCUCGUGGAAGACAAGUGUUGAAUAAAAUGAAUGCCCGUGUGAGACAACUAGAGGAGCAAGUUAAUGAAUUUGAGCUGCAGCAUAUGCAACAAACUCAGGCUGAAGUAUCUCAAGUUGAGGAUAGCAUACGGGAAUUACAGCAGGAGAUAAACUCUGCCCAUUUAAAUGCUACAAGGUUAAAUGAGGAAGAAAAGAAAUCAUCCGAAGAACUACGGGGCAUUAUUAAAAACAUCAGUGACAUCGGAAAAGAGAUAGAAGAUGAUGGACGUAGGAUCAAUCAACUGAAAAGUCAAAUUGAUGAUCUACGACAGCGCCAACAUGACAAACUAACAGCCUUCGGAGGAGAUAGACUUCAGAGCCUCUAUAAAUCAGUAGAGAGACACAAGAGUAAAUUCAAAUGCCAUCCUAUUGGUCCAAUAGGAUGUCAUUUGCAACUGGCAAGUGACUUCUGGUCCAUUGCAAUUGAAUGUGCAUUAGGGAGCUUUUUAGAUGCUUUCAUUGUCACAUGCCAUAAGGAUUUACUCCUUUUACGAGAAUGCGCGAAAGAAGUGAACUACCGCAACCUUCAAAUUAUUAUAUAUGACUUCGCUAAACCACGGGUACAAAUUCCAGAUCAUUUGCUUCCUUCAACGCCACACCCGACAGUACUUUCAGUUAUUCAUUCGGAACUUCCUACUAUAUUAAAUGUAUUAGUGGAUCAGAUGCUUCUGUUUUAA